GUAUAGAAAGGGAGAUGCUGCAGUCCCGUCCACUCACAUCUCACUCCACCCAGCGUCAGAAGGGCGAGCGAGCGAGCGAGGGAGGGUGACGGACGCGCGCGCCCAGCACUAUGUGCGCGCCCACGGGAGGGGCCGACAGAAAAUGGCGAGCCUGUGCAAGCGGCAGCAAUGCACACUAGAGAGGCGCGGCUUUCGGCAGGAGCUUGACUCGUGGAGGCACAAACUCAUUCACUGUGUAGGGUUCGAAAGCAUCCUGGAAGGCUUGUUUGGGCCGGGAGUAGUCCAAGAUAGCCCCUUUUCCCAAGAUUGCGAGCCAGAGGAAGUGUCUGACUGGUCCUUUGAUGACAACUGUCUCUUCUGCUGCCUGCGAGUUGAUAAAGUCAAGGAUCACCGCGCCGACGACACGGUCGCCGGCGACGGCCGGCCGCCGGCGGAGGGCGACCACGCAAAACGGGAAGAGAGCCGCCUGGGCCGGCUGGAGAGACAAGCGCAAGACUUCCUCAAUGCUGUGUUUCACAGGAAAGACCUCCCAAGUUUGUCGGACCCCCACAUUCCUCUAGUGGCUCGUGAGAUCAUGCAGCGAAUGAUCCGCCAGUUUGCCGCCGAAUAUACCUCAAAAAGCACUCAGGACGCUCCGCUGCCGCCCAACGGAGCCAUGAAGGACCAAAGCCUGCCGCCCUGCUCGCCGGCGCCCGGCUCGCCACCCUCGCCCGCCUCCUGCUCCUCGCCGUCGCCUUGCCUCAGCCCCCCCGGCAGCGAGGGGCCAGCUGCCGCCGCCGCCGCCGCCUCUGCACAGAACCCCGUCCUCAGCAAGCUGCUCAUGGCCGACCAGGACGGCCCGCUGGACCUCACCGUCAAGAAGAACCCGGCCGAGAGCGACGCGCCCGCCCAGCAAGAUGGAGUUUUGGAUCUUUCCACCAGGAAGAACCAGAAUGACAAGCAAGGCUUCUCUUUGUCAGAGCACGGACUCAAAGGGCACCCGCCGGCCAAGGCGGACCAUCGGGCCGUGGCGGAAGCCAACGAGGAAGACGGCGCGCCGCCGGCGCCGUGCUUUCGAGACGGCUUCGGGGACGACGGCUCCUUCAAGCCGCCGCUGGCCCGCUCGCUGCGCAUCAAGGAGGAGUUGCUUAGCCAGAAGCACCGCCUCCUGGGCCAGCCCGCCGCGCUGUCGUUGGCCAGCCUGGAGUCGUCGGCCGCUCUCCUCAAUCACGGUCAGUCGCACUCCCUGCUGGGCCAGAAGGGCUCCUCGUCGUCCUUCUGGGGCAGCAAGGCCCACCUGGAGAGUCUGAUGAAGCUGAAGCAGGCCAGCCCCGGGGACCUCAAAGACCUGCCUACCUUUCUGGAGAACCAUCACAAGCACCACGGAGCCUUCUCGUUCAAGAAUUCUCUGCUUCAACACCACCACAAUCCCGUCUCCAAGACCCAGCAUCACCGUCACCACCAUCACGCCAAACGGGACCACUCGCCUCCGGUGGACCUCAAGAUCCCGCAGGUUCGAGGCAUGGAUCUCUCUUGGGACUCCCCGGCUUCGGAGCUGUACGCUUUCGGUGGACCCGGCGGCGGCGGCGGCAACGGAGGACUCGGCGAGAACGCCUUGAGCCGGAAGCUGAGGGCCAUCCUGCCCAAGCAGAACCGGCGGGGCGGGAGCUUGGGAAGCCUGCUGGACGGCGCGGCGGAAUACUGGGCCGCCGACUUGGAGCACUCGGCCUCCGGGCCGGCCUACCCCACCUCGGACGCGGAGGGGGACCCCAACUCCAAGCAGCCGCGGAAGAAACGCGGUCGCUAUCGGCAGUACAACAGCGAGAUCCUGGAGGAGGCCAUCGCUGUGGUGAUGAGCGGCAAAAUGAGCGUCUCCAAGGCGCAGAACAUGUACGGCAUCCCGCACAGCACCCUGGAGUACAAAGUCAAGGAGCGCAUGGGUACCCUGAAGAACCCCCCAAAGAAGAAGCUCAAGCUGAUGAUGAAGACGGAGGCGGCCGGCCCGGAGUUCCCCGCCACCGACGCGGACAAUCCGCCCGCCGACGAGGCCGGGCCCGCCGAGCUCAAGGCGGACGUGGAGGAGGAGAUAGAACCCGUCCAAUAAAAGCCACCUGCGGAACCACCGGGCUUCUUCACGUGUGCCAAUUUCCUUUGCGGUAUCCGGGCCGAGCACAAACGCAGGGA